AUGGUUUGGAGCUGGUGUCAGGGAAGUGAGAUGGAGCUCCAGUUCCAGGCCAGCACCUCCUCCUCCCACUGGGUUAAGGGCAGCAGGCCCCAUCGCUUCUUUCCGACACAGGGCAGAAUGCUAUCAUUUUUCUUCAGGCACCACAGCACCCGGACUGUAAGAAGUAUCCCCAGGCUUCUCUCAAUGUUACCACGGAACCAUGUUGAAGAGGCAGGAGAGAUGAUCCUGACUCUUCUGGGAAUCCAUCCCCUACUGCUGCUAUUGCUCCUGCAGGGUCUAGCAGGAGACCCCUUCUCAGUGGCUAAGGAGCUCCUAGCAGAGCAGCCUGGACAGCACGUCAACAACAGAGUGCCACGGGCCAGCAAUUUGUCCUACAAGAAAAAGAAGUUCAUGGACAAGUUUGUUGAUGAACUAAUGAUCCUUCUGCCUCCGGAUGUGUACUGUAAUAUUUUGAUUAGGAGCAGAAAUGUCAUGGUUUCUUCGAGCCCAUGCAAGAAAGAACACUACUUCAUCCACAACUCCUGGGAUAAUCUACAAAACGUGUGUAAAAAUAACAAAUUCCCAUGCAAGAAUUCCAUGAAUAGCUGUUACCAGAGCACAAAAUAUAUGGAUAUGACAAUUUGUCAGCUAGUUGAUGGUGAUCUGUUCCCUUAUUGUGAAUACACAUCUGUUAAAAAAAGGAAAAAAGUGGUCCUCUCCUGCAAGAAGCUGAAAGAUUCCACUUCCCUUUCCCCUAAUUCUGUGGAAACAAUUGCUGACUAA